AUUUUUAAAAACUCCACCUUCCCCCUCUAACCUUUCACAAGAAAACUGCUCAAAACUCUCACUUUCUUUCCCUUACUUAUCCCCUUCUAAACCUUCUAACUCUCUCAUCCACAUCCCAUUUUUCGCCAUGAAACUUUCUCGUCUUAAUUCCCUUCGGCGAGUCCAGUCCGGUGAGCUUGUCAUGAAGCUCACCGACGACCACGAUGAUUCCAAACGGCCCCAAUUCCCUCUUGAUUCCACCUCUUACAAAAUCAUCGACGAAAUUGGUGUCGGUGUCAGCGCCGUCGUGUACAAAGCCAUCUGCAUUCCUAUGAACUCUGUAGUUGUGGCCAUUAAAGCCAUUGACCUCGAUCGAUCACGAGCGGAUUUCGAUGACAUCCGAAGAGAAGCCAAAAUUCUCUCACUUCUCUCUCACCCCAACAUUCUAAAUGCUCAUUGUUCUUUCACCGUCGAUCGUCGUCUUUGGGUCGUCAUGCCGUUCAUGUCCGCUGGAUCUUUACAGUCCAUUAUUACGUCUUCGUUUCCCGAUGGCUUGCCGGAGCCCUGCAUUGCCAUUGUUCUUCGAGAAAUUCUACACGCACUUUCUUACCUCCACGACCAAGGUCAUCUCCACCGCGAUAUUAAAGCCGGCAACAUUCUGAUAGACUCAAAUGGGUCGAUCAAGCUUGCUGAUUUUGGAGUUUCCACGUCUAUUUUCGAGUCGAAUUCAAAACAGGGGGUGUCGAUUUCUCCAUUAUCGACGUCUAUGAUGCUGAAGGAAGUCGCCGGAACGCCGUAUUGGAUGGCACCGGAGGUGAUUCACUCGCACAAUGGGUAUAGUUUAAAAGCAGAUAUAUGGUCUUUUGGAAUCACGGCGUUGGAAUUAGCCCAUGGACGACCUCCCCUGUCUCAUCUCCCUCCUUCCAAAUCCCUGCUUCUGAAAAUCACGCGGAGGUUUCGAUUUUCCGAUUACGAAAAUCACCAUAACAGCAAAAACAAGAACAAAUUCUCAAAAGGGUUUAAGGAAUUGGUAGCGUCUUGCCUAGAUCCGGAGCCAUCGAGAAGACCCUGCGCCGAGAAAUUGCUCAAACAUCCAUUCUUCAAAAAUAGCAAGGGGCCUGAUCUUCUCGUAAAAACUAUAUUACAAGGAUUGCCGAGCGUUGAAGAGCGAUUCAAAUUGGGAAAAUUACAGCGAUUGCCAUCGAUGAAAACCGAGGAAGAAGAGGAAGAAGAAUUAGAGAAAGAGAUUAUAAAACAGAGGAGGAUAAGUGGGUGGAAUUUCAACGAGGAUGGGUUAGAGCUAGACCCAGUUUUUCCAGGGGAAGAAUGUUCGAUCAUGGAGGAGAAGGGUUCAGGGGAUUCGAGCGAGUGCUGUUCAGGGCUGUCGGAUCUGAGUUCACCAGUGGGGAAUGAAAGGGGCGGCGGCGGCGGGGGUGGAGGGGAGGAGGAGGUUGUUGACAGAGAAUCAAUAGUGGGAGGAUUGAUGGCGCUGAAAAAGAGUUUAGAUGAGCAGAGGAGGGCGGUGGGGAGUUUGAUAGAAUUGAUGGAAGGGGAGAAAGGGGGAGAGAUGAGCAGAGAGGAGCAAAUGGGGAGAUUGAUGGAGAAGAUGACGAGGGAAUUGGAGAAUGAGAGGAGGAGGAACUUUGAAUUAGAGAUGGAGUUGGAAUUUCUCAGGCUUCAAAUUUCUGCUGCUCAUAAUAAUAACGAUGGUGGUGCUUCGGCCACCCUUAACAACUGAUUUCAUAGCUUCAAAAAUCUACCUUAUGUUACUAUUUGUGUGGAUUUUUUGUAUUGAGUACAAGAUUGAGUUCAAUCUUUGUAUUAAUUUUGUUCUAAAAUUUUAGGUUUCGAAAGUUUGAUCGGACUUUGAUUUUGCUUAAAGUCAUAAAUCAGUGUGAAAUCAUCCAAAUCAACCAUAAUGCAUAAGAUCAUGAUCUCACUUGAUUAGAUUAGUUUUUUCUUUAAUGAUCGAAGUUUGCAAAUUUUUAAAA